UGUUACUCAGCAGUGUGUCAAUUAAUCUUUAUUCCAAUAUUGACGUCUCUUCUUGUCGAUUUUCCGCGCCUCUAGCUACUGCUUGCGCCUCGCUGGGGCCUCCUCCAAAUGUUACCCCCUCAUCAACAUCCGCAGUCAUGACGAAACAGACCGCAGACAAAAAUUUCCGAUGCAAUAUCUGUCAGCGAGGUUUCACUCGAAUUGAUCAUUUGAAGCGACAUCAUCUGCGCCACUCCGGUGUGAAGCCUUAUUCAUGCAUAUUCUGUAGCGAAGCAUUUGCUCGAUGCGACAAUCUGCGAGAUCAUUAUCCAGAUUGUGUGCAACGAGGAGAAAAUCCAAUUCCGGAGACUGGUCAACGAGGAAGACGUCGACAUGCUUGUGAAUCGUGCACUUCUAUGAAGCUUCGCUGUGACGGACAAAGUCCCUGCAGUUCAUGUGUCAAGCGAAACCUCAAGUGCAAUAAUACUGGCAGACCGAAGAAUCCCAACAUUGAGUUGCCUCCAUCCACGGAAAGCUCGCUUCUCAAAAACGAAGAACUUGAGUCCUCAGAUCGAGGCUCAAUCAAUUUCCUUUUGAAUGGCGGCACAGACAGCUUCACCGAGAGGUUCCGGCUUCCACCACGUAGUGAUCGCGCCCGUGGUAUGCAGUAUCAUACCCAAAAGGAACUGGAAGAAGCUACAAGCCCCGCAAAUACUUAUGCACUAGAUACAACCCCUCCUAAUAUCAAUACGGGAUUCUUUUCGGAGUUUGAUGACCUGUCGACAUUUGAAGAAAGCUUCAUGUCAUUCAUGACUGGCCCGUUUGCUGAAUCUCAGAAAUCGAUGGUGGAUCCCUAUUCUGGGACGUUCGCUGCACACGCACUCUUACAAUUUCCAAACCAGGAGCCGCAAUUGGGUAUGGCUAGCGAUUCUUCAUUCUACGAACCGGAGAGUGCAUUCUCCAGUGCCCUCGUCCAAGCCAUACUGGCAAAGACAUGGACAGUGAAUAUGGACGCCAAGUCCCAGCAAGAAAUAUCAUCGAACCUUCAUUUCUUGCUUACAACACGCCGUAUCCAAAAGUUCGUGUCACUGUACUUUUUGUACUGGCAUAACAAUUGCCAGCUCCUUCAUCCGCCGUCAUUCAACAUGGAACAGGUUACAAUGCCCUUACUCGCUGCCGUGGUCUUCAUGGGCGCCAUGUAUUCAAACGAAGAGCGUGAGGCAUAUGUGGCUAGGCGGAUGCUGGACUUUGCCGAGUUAUAUGUGUUCUCAACCGACGUCUUUUCUUAUGAGCACGAAGUUAGCUGCACGUUCAUUGGACGUCCAGCCACGGAUGCAGAGCGCAAAGAUUGGGUGCAUUUCCAGAAUCUCCAGGCGGGGUAUCUGAUGGUCGUCACGCAGUACUGGGCGGGCUCCAAAGUAUCGCGGAAUAGGGCGAUGGAGGCUCGUUUCAACGAGGUCGUUGCAGCUGCCCGCAGAAUGGAGCUCACCCGCUGCAAGCAUCUUCCCGAAGAUCGAAUCCACGAGACAUUAUGGAUUCAAAAGGAGUGUCGCAUCAGGACUAUCAAUGUUAUUUCUCUACUCGACUGCGCGUUUUCUUUCUAUUCAAAUUUCCCUUGUCGUUUGACACCUCCAGAGUUGGAAUGUGAUCUACCAUGUGAAGAAUCAGUUUUCAAUUGCGAGCAUCCUUUUGCUCAACUGAAAUUCCGUUUUACGAGAGAAACGACGGUUUAUGACGCUUUUCAACAUUUAUUCCAAGAUGAGCAGGGAGCGUCGGCUUGCCAUCAUGAUCAACACCACACAAAUCAUUGCGCGCAUUCUCCCUCUAUCGGCACAACCUUGACUGUUACUGACAUGUUUCUUAUGAUACAUAUGCUUUACUCGUACAUUAAUUCUCACAUGACUGUCUUGGCACCCAUCAUGCGCAUGCGACAGCUGAAGAAACGAAAGGAGCAGUCGACUGCCAAUUCAGAGAAUCAUAAAGGGAGUUUGACAUUUACGUGUCGAUCGAUCACAUCAGACGACCCAGUUCUCAUCAGCAUUCGAGCUGCACUAAGUCGGUGGCGUACGUUGUGGCUUGACCUGAAAUCGCGAAUACCGGCAGACGAAUGGGCCGCGAUGGGAUUCAUGAAGACGGCUUACAAUUUCUGGCAAGUGGCCCAAUUACUGAUUACGAAGAAGCAUAGCGUGGAUGUCAUCAUGCAGAUGGAGGUGAAAUGCGAGGAUAAGCUGGAGAAGCUGAAGGUGUUGUUGCAGGAUGAUAACGAUUGAUGACAUUUUCUUGCUGUGACUUAAUACUGUGUAUUUGUUCUGGGUUGUGGCACGGAGGAGUUGGUGCAUGGAUAAUACCACUGUCUAGUUGACUUUGACGGCGUUAGUGAAUAGGAAUUUAAAA